UUCUUUCACAGCCACAGCCACACCCACACAAUCCGCCCCAAGUGCCAAUAGUGUAAGCCAUCCUGGAGCAAUUCAUCCCCGAACCUCGGCAUCAUCCCUCCCUACAAAGGCAGCCUGCUCGACUGCUCCAGUGGACGGACACCUGGAUUCGGCCGAGGCCGUCGCUGAAGUGGGCCGACGCAGGCCAACGCAGGCCAGAAAAGCUUAGUUUCUACCACUGAGCCGGGCCCAGCGUGGUGUUGAUGUCAUGGAUGCAAUGACAGAACGGGCACAGUCCCUCUCUCGAAUCUUCGCAUAUUACCAACCAAAACCAGCGUCAUCCAUUGGCUCCAUGUCCCGGCCCAUCCCUUGUUUGCUUGUAACCAUAUCGUCGCCAUGAUGCGGCCGCCACGUCGGUGCGCUUCGCCGAGCCACGCCGUGUACUUAAACACCCCGCCGCUCGCACUGUUGUUUGGAUCUUCAUUCUCAAUGACACUAUCGAUUCACAGCACACUCGGCACGCACCAGUUCCACGACUUGCCUUCACGGAUUCGCACGUCUUCUAUCGCAACAUCCUCAGCAAAUUUAGACCUCGUAUCCACAAGAGCAACUACCCCGCCCGGCUUCCAUCGCCCAGCUUCUCUGUCGACCCGACCCAAAAUCUCAACAGCCCGUCGACCUUAUCUUCGCCUUCAGCAACGCACCUUCAGCUCUCAGUCACACCACGCCGCAGCCAUGUCGUCCCAGCUCAUCCCGUCAAAUCCAUCUGAUGUCAUGGUCAUUCGCCAUGUCACUCCCAACAUUGCGACCUUCUCCGUGCCCUUUGCACGAGUCGGACGAAUCAAGAUUGGUGGUCGAGGAACUCUCGUGAAGCUCUCUUCCGGCGCUCUCGCCGUCUUUUCCCCGGUGGCUCUCACCGACGCAGCCAAGGCCAAGGUCACUGAGAUGGGUGGCGACGUUCGCUACAUCAUUGCCCUCGACUACGAGCACCACAUCUUCAUCUCCGAAUGGGCCAAGGAGUACCCGGCCGCCAAGAUCAUUGGCCCCGAGGGUCUCCCAGAGAAGCGCGCCAAGCAAGACGACCCCAAGAUCGGCAAGGAGGAAUUUGCCGUUGUCUUUACCAAGGCCAACAAGGGCGCCAUCCACAUCAGCGAAGAGUUCGAUACCGAUUUCGAGUACGAGUACGUCGAAGCCCACGCCAACCUCGAGAUUGUAUUCUUCUACAAGCCCGACCGUGUCCUCAUCGAAGCCGACCUGCUCUUCAACCUGCCCGCGACCGAGCAGUACAGCAAGGUGCCUGAGGCAGAGAAGCCAGCGGAUGGCUUCAUCGGCAGGCUGUUCUCUGGACUCCAGGACGCACAGGGCGAUGCCCGAUGGAUCAAGCGUUUCAAUUGGUACACGGUCAAGAACCGCGAGAGCUUCAACGAAAGCAUCCAGCGCAUCGACAAGUGGGACUUUGUCAGCCUGAUUCCUUGCCACGGAGAUGUCAUGGAGGAAGAUGCGAAGGCAACCUUCCGCAAGGUAUUUGAGUGGCACCUGAAGGGAAGCAAGCACUAGUUUCCCGAGGGAUGAUGAGUGAAUGAUUGACGCGGUGUGAUGUCGGUUGUAAUGGUUGGACGGGAUGUUGGUACCCAGUUUGUUACUUUUGCUUUUGCUUUUGCUUUGUUGAUACCAGAGGACAGAUGUAUGCUGUCAUACGAGCACCAACAUAGAGUGCGCCAAUAAUGGGUUUCAUGUAUGUAACUUCAAGUGUUUGUUCAAUAUUCACGUUUUGUCGAGGUCAUGACUGGAGUUACUCUACCGUGUAAGUCUAUAAUUUUAGACCAAUAAGCCACGGGUCUAUUUCCCCCUGCAAGC